AUGUCUGUACACUUUGGCUUUCCGCCGUUAUCCCUCUCCAUGGUUGAUCGGACUCAACCAAAGCCGACCAUUCCAACUUGCAAAUUGGCACAUCUCGGCAUACCAAUAUCGUUUUACCGCAUCACCUCGCACUUGAAUUUUUCUCUUGCUGCGAUUGUCAUGUAUACAAUUGUUGCACUACUUCUGAAUCACAUUAACAAAAGGAGACACGGGAAGCCAUGGGCGAUAAGCCAAACGAGGUGGUUCCGACAUACGGUUAUCCUACAUAACGUUCUUCUAGCUCUUUAUUCAACCUGGAUUGUUUUCACGGUUGUUCGAACACUUGAAAACGCAUGGCCCAGAAGACAUGAUACAUUCUAUACGGUUCUGGUGGCAGACCUAUUCUGUCAAGGUGGGCAGAUCGUACCUCAUAAGGAAACCCUCCAGGAGUUAGUCUUUGUCGGCUGGGCAUUCUACAUAUCGAAGUUUUAUGAAUUUAUUGAUACUGCUAUUAUUCUUGCAAAAGGCCGACAGGCUUCUUUACUCCAAAUUUACCACCAUGCAGGUGUUAUUCUCUUCGGGUGGGCCUCAGUUCGUUCUGAACCCCCGCCGGCACUAAUCACAUUAUUCCUUAAUGCUGGCGUCCAUGCACUUAUGUAUACCUAUUACGCAUUGAAAUCGAUUCAUGUUGCAGUGCCUCGAUCAGUUAAGGCAGCAAUGACAACCAUCCAAAUCGUGCAAUUCUUCAUUGACAUUAUUGUCUGCCCAUGCUACCUCUUUAUCUAUUAUGAUGUUCCUGUUGACUACAAUCGUUGCACCGAACACAGGACGAUGGGAGAUUCUGUAGAGACGCCGGCUUCCCAAGGCGCAGCGGUUCGUGGAGAGUCAUAUUGCGACGUACGAACAGUCAGUUGCACGAACCAGGGCAGCCAUACCUCUGCGACAUGGCUUGGUAUUAUUUUCAUUGUUUCUCUGGCAUGGAUGUUUCUACAGUUUUUCAAGUCUACUUACCUACAAACUGGGAAGAAAAAGACGCUCUAG